CGUAUGAGCUGAGUGUGAGAAUCCCAUCAAACCAGCUCAACCCAAUCACUUCAGAGCUCUCUAUAAACAGACUCGCAAUGGCGCCCAAAUCUUUCCGCAAACACCUCGGCAUCCCCCCUUCCACUGCCUCCCCCAGCGACUCCGCGCUCAUCAUUAUCGACGCCCAAAACGAGUAUGCCAAGGGCCUGUUCAAGUUCACCAAUGCCGCCGCCAGUGGCGCCAUCAUCGCAUCGCUACUAAAAAAGUACCGUGACGCCAACAGCAAGAUCGUGUUCACGCCAGGGACGGAGCUGGCGGAGGCGUUUGAGGAGGUGAAGGCGAAGGACGGGAAAGAAGUCAUCUGGAAGGAUUUACUAGGGUAGUUUGCGGAGACGAAGUUGGGGGCGACGCUGGAGGGGUGGGGGGUGAAAAAGUGAUACUGGUGGGGUAUAUGGUGGCAGCUUGCGUAGGAAGGGGCAAAGGAUUAGUGAAGGAAGCAUGAUGUGUAUUGAGGUGCUAACGAGAGACUAUAUAGUGAAGAGAAGGAGGGAGGCAAAAGUAGCUACAAGGAACAUCCUAGUAGUGAAGCAGAGCAGGAAUCUAGCUCAGCUGAGCGGUGUACUUUGAAGAGUUGAGGAGUGAACCUUGACGAGCUGAGGAGCGAAGGUAGAUGUGUGUAGGAGAAUAUAACUGGCUGCCAAUAUUCUUAUUCCAUUCCCCCAAAACACCAGAGCUCCUGAAUUGAACAACGGGGGUCGGAGGGUAUGCACUUUCCUUUCUCGUUCAGGAAACUGAGCUGCUCUUUGACCUCAAUUUGCAUCUCAACUAAACCCACUCUCACUUCCAAUAUC